CAGAAAUCAUUGAGUUAGCAGAUCAAAUUGAAACAUCCACUGGGAACAAUCCAAGCUUCCAUCAUGGGCAAGAUCAUCUUCUAUGAGGAGAGGAACUUCCAGGGUCGCUCCUAUGAGUGCAUGAGCGACUGUUCUGACAUCACCUCCUACCUGGGCAGGUGCCAGUCUUGCAGGGUGGAGAGUGGCUGCUUCAUGAUCUAUGAACGUCCCAACUAUAUGGGCAUGCAGUUCUUCCUGAGGAGGGGAGAAUACCAUGACAUGCAGCGCAUGAUGAGCAUGGGCAUGAUGUUCGACUCCAUCAGAUCCUGCAGAAUGAUCCCCCAGCACAGAGGCCAGUUCAGGAUGAAGAUCUAUGAGAGGGAGAACUUCAGCGGUCAGAUGUAUGAGCUGAUGGAUGACUGUGACUCGAUCAUGGACCGCUACCGCAUGUCUGACUGCAUGUCCUGCCACGUGAUGGACGGUCACUGGCUGAUGUACGAGCAGCCCCACUACAGAGGCAGGAUGAUGUACCUGAGGCCUGGAGAGUACAGGAACUUCAUGAACAUGGGCAUGAGCAGCAUGAGAUUCAUGAGCAUGAGACGUAUCACUGAUAUGUGUUAGACUUCUGUUGCCACAUGAACAAAUAAAGAUAAUAUGUAAUUCACA